AGAUUAUUUGCCGUGAAGUAAGUGAUCCAGUGAUGGUCGUGUGACGCGAACAGGGUGCUGAAUUCGCGCAGUGUUUGUGCUGAACAAGAAAAAAUUCAGCAACUCACCCUGUUCGUAUCUGAAGAAAAAAAAAGAAAGGUCAUCGGAUGAAGAGUGGAUCCCUUGGGGAUGUGACGCUGUUCCGCGCGUUGACGAUGAAGCUGGUGUCGCGGUGCGGGCUCCUUUGCGUCCUUCUCGCGCUUUUCGUCACCGUCUUCGUGUAUCAAGUGCGAGAGUCGCCGCUUUUGGGCAUCGGACGCACCGACGACUUGGCGUCCGUGUACCAACCCAUGAAAGUGAAUCCGGCGGACUUGAAGCCCAAGCGGCCCGUGCACACGUUGAGCGGCGACGGAGAACCCGAAGAAGAAGCUGGCGCUGAUUCGGAAGAGGAAGAGCCGGCUGUGGUUGACCCGAGGUCCAACAAUGAAGAGGAAGAAAGUGACGACACCGGCGCCACGACGCAAAGCAGGGCAUCUCGGGACAAGAUGGCAGCUCAAGAUGCAGAAGAAGCCACGGAUGACGAGGAAGAUUACUACCCCGAGAUUCAUUUGGCCUCCGUGAGCUGUGGGAACAAGAGAGCAACUGGGAACAUUGUGACUAUGUUGCGAACCAUUGCGACCUUCCUGGAAUCUGACGAGUAUUUCAUCUCUGUGCAUGUUGUUUGCGACAACGAACAUUUGGAAGGCAUCCGGCGAGAGGUGGCAUCGUGGACAGCAGAAAUCCUCAAGCGCUUGCAUGUUAGCCUCUACUCGACAACGAUACCGAAGAACAUGACGACCCAGCUUUUCAACAAGAUGAACAGCGCCGAGGCCGGGUUUGAGUGUGCUUUCCAAAAACUGUUCUUGAGUGAAAUUCUUCCACGGUCCGUGAACCACAUCAUGUACAUCGACGCAGACACGCUUUUCUUAACACCCGUCGAAGACGUGUGGAAAGAGAUUCACAACGACCUGGAGAAGAAGCAUUUCAUUGCUGCCGUGAAAGAGUACGAAUUGGACGAUGUUCCAGACAAACAACUCACCAAACAAAUGCAGUAUAAGUCGCCGGUUCCUCAUUUCGGCAAUUCUGCCUCUCUGGUCAGUCUUUCUUCAUCAACCGUGGAGAGUGGUCGCAAGACCCCUUUCCCGGGACUUUACAUUGGCACACUCGGAGGACAGGGGCAACAUCAGAGUGCCGAUACGGUGCUUUGCAUUUGCGCCUGA